AUGGAGAAGAAAGAGACGCCCAAUGGAAUUGACGUAGGGUCACUCAGAAGUCUGGAACUUAACACAUCCUCAACUAUUGAACUAACAGGUGUAAUAUAUGAUUCAAAAGAAAAACAACUUAACAGUGAAAAAGGAAAUCAAGAAAUAGAGAAGGUCCAUCCAACAUCAGAUUUGGAUGCUCUACUUCAUGUUGUGAAAAGUAGCCUUGGGUCUGGUAUUCUAGCAAUAUCUGAUGGCUUCAAGAACGCCGGGACCAUCGUUGGAAUAGUAGGAACAGUUUUUAUAGGGAUGCUGUGCACGCAUUGUACAUAUGUUAUGGUGAAAUGCUCUCAAGACAUGUGUCGAAUGCUAAAUAAACCAUUCCUUGGAUAUACUGAAACAGUAGAACAAGCUCUUCUAUAUUGUGCGAACAAAAGGUUUAGCAGAUAUGCUGGAUUUGUCAAAAAUUGUGUUGAAGGCUCCAUGUUUUUUACUUACUAUGGAGUGAAUACAGUUUACAUUAUACUUGUAUCUAACUCAUUUCAAUCAAUCAUAGCAACUCAAUUUGACAUCCAUUAUAAUGUCAGGAUAUACAUUUGUGCAUUUGCGAUCCCCUUCUUCCUCGUUGGCAUUGUUAGAAAUAUGAAAUAUUUAGUACCAUUCAGUGCCAUUGCAAAUGUGCUUCUCUUUGUUGGUCUAUGCUUGACGUUUUACUACCUCUUCACAGAUCUUCCAUCCUUUUCAAGCAGACCAGCAGUUGCUAAAAUCACUCAGAUUCCUCUGUUCUUCUCAACUGUACUUUUUGGGAUGGAAGGAAUUGGAACGAUGCUACCAAUAGAAAACUCCAUGAAGAAACCUCAACACUUUCUUGGAUGCCCAGGUGUUUUAACCAUAGCCAUGUCCAUUGUCGUAUCACUAUUUUGUGGGCUUGGUCUUAUCGGUUAUGUUAAAUAUGGAGAGGAUACUGAAGCUAACAUCACUCUGAACCUCCCAGGAGAUGCGUUGGCACAAUCUGUAAAAGUGUUGGUUGCUCUUGCUGUCUUAUUUAGUUACGGUCUUCAGUUAGCUGCUUCAAUGGAUGUUGUCUGGAAGAGAUUAGAGCAUCGUUUUGACAAAAGUAUUGAAACUAAGCGAUAUUACCAAGUACGAGCUACAAUGAUCAUUGGGACAGUUAUCCUUGCACUUGCUGUACCAAACCUGGGCCCUGUGAUUUCUUUAAUUGGAGCUGUAGGAUUCUCAAUGUGUGGCUUCUUUUUUCCAGCACUGUGUGAAACAGUUAUCUGUUGGGAAAAAGGUUUUGGAAAAUGGAACUACAUUUUAUGGAAGAACAUUUUCUUAGCAAUAGUAGCAAUCCUUGCCGUUGUUUCUGGAAGCAUAACCUCAAUGGCUGAUAUAAUAGCAGAAUACUCAUGA